CACAAAUAAUCUGAUUGAAAAAUCAGGGAGGGGAACAGGGGCAAAAAAACAGAGAGAGAAAAAAGGAGAAGUAUCUAUUUCAGCAGACUGCGACUAAGUGAAAAGUGGAAGAGGAGUCCUGAGAGGAGGCAACGUCUGGCUUGUCUGGGGAGAUUUCAAGGCGAAUCCAGUAAAGCAAAGUCCCCCAAACAGUGAAUGGAAAAUGCCACGUUCCUUUUUGGUGAAGAGCAAGAAGGCUCACAGCUAUCAUCAGCACCGCUUUGUGGAAGAUGACCUGCCUAUACUCACAUGGGAUCCAAUAACCUCUCCCUUCACUGCCAUAGGAGACAAGACACCAGAGGACAUCAAGAAACAGGACCUAGAAUGUGUGGUUCCAAAACAAGAAAAGGACCCAUCUGAAAUGAAAGAAGAAAGUGUCUCUGUCCAUUACCUGAGCAGGAUGCUGCCAGGUCCUUCAGCUCCAGAGAUGGCCAUCCCAGGUGUGCAGAUCAAAGACUGCACUAACACAAGCAGCAGCCCUACCUUCUACAAAACCGGCUUUUCUUGGGACGCCUUCCACUUGCCGUACAGCUACCGACAGAUGUCUUCCAGCAUGCAGUCAGCCCUCUUGGAGCACCCAGUCAGCCUGUAUGGAAGCCAUCUCCUGCCAAGCACAGAGCCCCCUCUAGAUUACAGCAUGCAUUACUCCUCAGACAUGGAGACCUACCACUGUGUGAAGUGCAACAAGGUAUUUUCCACUCCACAUGGACUGGAGGUCCAUGUCAGAAGGUCUCACAGUGGCACUCGUCCCUUCGCUUGUGAAGUAUGUGGCAAAACCUUUGGACACGCCGUAAGCCUGGAGCAGCACACCAAUAUUCACUCCCAGGAAAGAAGUUUUGAGUGCAAGAUGUGUGGGAAGACAUUCAAACGUUCCUCCACCCUCUCCACUCAUCUCCUGAUCCAUUCAGACACAAGGCCCUAUCCCUGCCAGUACUGUGGCAAGCGCUUCCACCAGAAGUCAGAUAUGAAGAAACACACUUACAUCCACACUGGGGAGAAGCCCCACAAAUGCCAGGUAUGUGGCAAAGCCUUCAGCCAGAGCUCCAACCUCAUCACCCACAGCCGCAAGCACACUGGCUUCAAGCCCUUCAGCUGUGAGCUCUGUGCCAAAGGCUUCCAGCGCAAGGUGGAUCUACGGAGGCACAGAGACACCCAACACAGUCUCAAGUGAGGGAUGGCUCCAGGUCUUUGCUGGAGCUCCCACUGCUGGUGCAUCCUCCAGGGAAAAAAACUCUCCCGAGCAUCUCCAUCCAACAUGGGGCUGCCCAACUCAAAGCUCAUGUAGCAUCCUUUGUUCCUCUGAGGACUGGCAAAGUCGUGUCAUUGGCUUGGGUGUUCUGGCACAUCAGGGCCUUGCACAUCCCAGGCAGUGACAUGGAAGCUUGUGGAAGCUCUCACCUUUCCAUUACAACAGGUACCAGCCCAGAUCUGCCAUCACCUGCACAAAGUGCAAAUUCAGAGGACUUCCUCCAAGGUCACUAUUACUCUGGAUUUACACCAUGUGCAGAAUCUGUGCUUCAUCAGGCUGAGCAGCAGCGAGGUGGGAACUCACGGGCAAGUGGCAGCAACAAUCUGCGCCAAACUAGUGCCAUAACCAUGCUCUGCUUUGAUGGUUAAAAAGAUAAGGCUAGGGCAUGCAAAUAGAUUGUAGUCAGUGGGCUGUGUUCAACCUGGACAGGGCUUCUGCAGAGACAUGCCCAGGCCAUAAAUUCUGGUAACAGACAUCUAAAGUCUUUUUCUUUCAGCAGAGUAUUUACUGUGUUCAAAUGACAAGUUAACUGUGUUGUAUUUUUAGCUUGGAGUGGGAGGAAAAUACUGAAAAAACAGCUCCUAUCCCUAGCUGAUAACAGGGGUCUGUAAAUGCACUCCUCACAUACACCAUGCUGCAAACAUCCCUGGGCUAGUGGCAACCAAGCAAGGACUAGGCAGACGCUAAACAGCCCCACAUCUCAGUGCCACGGGAGAGAGACUGGCUGCUCUUGGAAUCCAGGCUGGUAUGUCCCACAAUAUUUCACUGCAUGCUGGGCAUACCAACCCAGAGCUGUCCUGGGCAAUCCUGUGUCACUGUAUGGUCAGGAAUGGCCCUUGGAUACCAACAUCAAGGGCCAGAGUUCUGCUUUCCAACCACUCUCAAAGGAGGAAGCAGCCUGGUCUGUACAGAUUGGUGUAGCAUGCAAGUACUUCACAAACAUUAUACAAACAGAGCAGUGGUAUUUCCUCCUCCUUCCAGGUCUAGGGGCUGAAGCAAAGCACUGGAACAAGCAAAGAGCCAGUUCUCCUCCAAGCUUUGAUACAUUCUCACUAUAUGACCUUUGACAUGUCAUUGCACUGAGCUCUUAUUUCUCCACCCCUCCUGGUGAUGUGGAGUCAUUCACUCAGGUUUGUAAAGUCCCUUGAGUUCUCAGCAGGAAGGACAAAGUCUUACUAUAGCAUUAAAACAACAAGUCCUUUCAGUUAAGCAGGGCAUUGUAGCAGUGCACAGCCCACUCCAGUCACCCUCUGAGCACAAGGCCUUGGACAAUGGCACCAAUGGGAAGUAUCCUGGAGAAUGGGCUGUGGCACUACCCAUUUCACCCCAGUGAAGAAAGGCUGCCAUCAUGGGCCAAGAGGAAACAGUCCAAAUGGAAAAUUCAUUCAUUUCCAGGAGACAUGAGUCCUGCCCUCAGUUACACUGCUGUAAAUCCAAAGUUAUUCCCCUAAGACCUACAAUGUACUUGCCCCUGUUUUAUGCUAUGCCUAAGCUGUUAGUCAUUAAUAUGUAUUCUGGAAGCUCAAAACAGAGUCUGUACUCCUGGCUUUACUUGUACCCUGUAAAUAUGUAUUUAUACUUAUUUUAAUGUAUAUUUUUAUUGCACUAUUCCAGACAGUGACAACAUGUAUGGGCCUGCUGGGAUUUAUCUGAUAAAUCUGUUUCCUCUCAGUAA